AGAUUUUAUAUACAUGUGCCUACAGUAGAAAUCGUAUUAGAACAGAAAAUAUAUAGCCUAUUAUAACUUUAAGCUGUCUCAUGAAGGAAUAGACCUGCAUCUUGUAUAAAAGUGGUUUGCUAUCCAAACUCAGCAUGAACAGCUUGUUUGGGAUCAUACUGUCGACUUAAGCAGUCACAAAGUCUGGUUUAAAGGGACAGUUUACUUAUUAAAGUUCUGUCAUCAUACUCACCCACCCUCAUGUUGUUCAUGACUCUUUUGUGGAGCACAAAAGGAGAUGAUAAGCAGGUUCAGACACCAUUCACUUUCAUUGUAAGGGAAGAGAGAUGCGUCGAAAGGGAAUGAUGACUGAGGCUGAGCAAACAGUUGGGACCCGGCAGGUAUCUUAUUAGCUCCGUAGAGGUGAAGGAUGGGGCGUAAACUGGAUCUCUCUGGUCUGACGGAUGUGGAGGCCGAGCAUGUGAUGCAGGUGGUGCAACGGGACAUGCAGCUGCGCAAAACGGAGGAGACGCGGCUCAGUGAAAUGAAGAAGGCGCUGGUUGAGGAGGGCAGUCGGUCUGUUCUGCUGUCACGGCAGCACAGGUUUAAUGAGCGCUGCUGCAUCCGCUGCUGUUCUCCCUUCACCUUCCUGCUCAACUCCAAGCGUUCCUGCUUGGACUGUUGCUAUAACGUCUGCAAAGGAUGCUGCGCCUACAGUAAGAAGGACAAAGGCUGGCUGUGCUCCGCCUGCCAGAAGACCAGGCUACUGAAUACCCAGUCUCUGGAAUGGUUCUACAAUAAUGUGAGAAGGCGUUUUAAAAGGUUUGGCAGUGCCAAAGUGUUAAAGAACCUCUACAGGAGGCAUGCGGCCGAGCGUGGAGUGCUAGCAGAGCCUACAGAGGGCAGCACUAAUGAGGAGAGCAUCUGCAAUGAAAGUAGUGUGUAUGAGAGCGACUCCACAUUCUACAAGCAAAGUAAAGAGCACAGCAUGGCUGAUACUAUUAGCGUGGCAAUGCGGGUGGCAGAAGAGGCCAUAGAUGAAGCCAUUGCUAAGGCUGAGAGUCAGACUGACAAUCAAGAGAAGCAGAACGAAGCUCAUUAUCUGCAAGAGAACAGAGGAGAGCUGAUAGAUGAAUUGGCUAAAACCAUAGUACAGAAAAUUGUCCACCGGAGGAUGGAUCCCUCUGAGAUGCAGUCUGGGAGUAAUCUGGACCUGUUGCCUGGCCAGAACAUUGUUGAGACCUCUCCUGAACAAAUCCAGAGUGCCUUCGAUGCUUGUCUCUCGAGGUCUCGCUCAGCUCUCUCUGUUGUGACUGAUGAGAAAACAGACACGCAUGCUAACACUGAGUCAAGACCUUCAGCCUCUAAAAGUCAUGCUCUGGAAAUGAAGAUAGAUGAAACGAUGCCUGUCCAGGCCAUGCCUAGCUGGAGGAGUGUUGACCGACUGGACAAUUCCAUGUUACAGAGUCCUGAUGGGAACUGGAUUGCUUAUCAGAGCAACCUACUCUCUCGACCGGGCCUUUUAACUAAGCGCAAAAGUCUGGUCUACAGCGUCCUAGAAAGGGAGUCUGGCGUGGUGUCAGCUUAUGACGAAAUGGGCUCCGAAACAGAGCCUGAAGCUAAUGGGGGCUGGGGCGCUGCACUGGUAGAGUUUCGUCGUAAAUUGUCUGCCAAUAAGCAGUCGAGUUACCCAGAAUCCUACAGCCGACAGUCAACCUUGCCUUUGGAUGCACAAUCACAACACACCUUGAAUGCUGACACUGAGAACUCCUCAGGACAGGAUGUACCGAUGCCCCACAAAACUAUGCUGCCCUUCCUGAAGAGAAAAGUGUCACUAGAUCACAGGCGACCCUCAUUCGCCCGACGCUCGACCCUCGGGGAUGUUAAUUUCAACCAAGGAGGGGCUGAAAGCAGUGAGGAUGGCCUAGAGGACAGCAGGGUCAAGAGGUCACGACGAAGGAGGAAAAAUAAGAGAGAGGAGGCAGAGUGGAAAGGACAGUCGGUGUUGUCUUUGGCUGCAUCGGAUUCUAAUAGCCAACUCUCUGAUUCUCUGGUGAAGAGUCGUCAUGUGAAACAAGACUUAGCCUUGCAUGGAAAAAGACCAUGUGAUCAUGCUUUGGAAGCCGACACUUCAGACACUGCUACUCCUGACAUCUUGAGCUCUGGAGCUGUGACCCCUGAUCCAUUUGGAUCUGAUCUCAAUUCUCCCAGCAAUUCGAAUCAUAGAGCCCAUGGUAUGGUUGGAUCUUUAGAUCAGCAGUUGACUUCCAAACUGAAAGAGCUGACCAGUCAAGUCAGAGAAACACAACUUUCCUCCACUGAGGAUGAAUUGGACCGGUUGGAGUAUCAAAUGUGGGAUGAUGAUGGUGAAACAAAAGCAACAGUGGGAGAUGAAGUUAUGGGAGAUGCUUUAUUGAAGAUUAAGGCUGUAAAAGAAAAGUCAGAUGAAAUUGAAGCCACAAAUCAAGUAAUGAGAGCUGAGAUGUUGAAACAAGAUGAUCUGACUUCCAAACUCAGAGAGUUGACCAGUCAGGUUAGUGAGACACUACUUUCCUCCACUGAAGAUGAACUGGACAGGUUUGAGCAUCAAACUGCAAAUCAACCAAUGAGAACUAAGAUGCUGGUGGUAAAUGACAGAACGGAUGGAGACAAAUUGGUACAACGUGAUAAUACAACACAAAAUCAUGUAGAGAAGAGACAAAAGGACAAGAAGGAGACACAAAUGACCUUUGGGAGCCAAAAACAGACACUUGCUGAGACCAAUGCACAAUAUAAGAUCGCUAAUGAGAGAAGUGAGGAGACAAAGAACAAGAGAGACGUUCAGACUGAAAAGAGAAAAGCAGAAAUAAAAGAUGGUGGAAAUGUGGCUGAAGGUCACCAGAGCAGAGCUGAGAAUACUGAGAUGGUUGAUCAUAUUGAGGAGCAGGGAGACGCCUUAUCCUGUGAAUUGGCUUUGAGUAAAUUUGUAAGUCAAGAUGGAAAAAUGGAAUUUGAUAGUAUCAUCGAUACUGUAGCGAAGGUUUUGGAUGAUAUGGAAGAACACAUAGAAGCUUACACUAGCGAUGGGGUAUUUUUAGACAGAGAGGGAAGUGAGGGAGAGAAACUAGAGAUGAUAAAAGAGAAGGAGAAUGCAACUGAACAGGACAUGGAUGAUGAGACAACAUUUGUUGGUGGAGAAUCGAAGAAGGUACAGGAAAGAGAAAUGAAGGGCAAAAUCAAUGAAGUUGUGGCACUAAAUAACAGCACUGAAGAUACAGAGGAGACAGAAGACAAGCAAUGCAUCAAAUCAUCAGAAGGGAAGGUUCGAGGGAAAGAUGGCAAAGGUCAACGUGACUUGGUUGAAAUGAGGGAGCAGAGAGACAAGGACCCCACAAUUCAGAACGUUUUUCAGCACAGUGCCCCAUCUGGUCAGGAGGAGUAUCUGUCACCGGAGGAGGUCUACAAGAAUGCACACAUGCUGGACAAAGAGAAAAACCUACAUUUUAUCUCCAGUAUACUACAGCAGAAGUACUCGGCCGUAUCACUGCGCAGCAUCACCUCCGAGGUGCUGAAAGUACUGAACGCCACUGAGGAUCUGAUUCACGGAUCCGUGGGAGAUGGACAAAGCCAAACGGACCACAGUGACCUCUCGAGCAUUCCCCCUGCCGAAGCCAGAAGACUGGAUGAGCAGCUCAGCAGACUGGAGGAGAAUGUGUAUGUGGCGGCAGGUACAGUCUACGGGCUUGAGGCUGAACUGGGGGAUCUGGAGGAGUGUGCGCGCAGCAUCAGUGGAUCCACCACCGAAAGAGAUCUCGCUCAUCUGGAGGACCAGGUGGCCUCUGCAGCAGCCCAGGUGCAGCAGUCUGAGCUCCAGGUUUCAGACAUUUCCUCAAGAAUUGCGGCUCUGAAAAAUGCAGGUCUUAAUGUAGCUCCACAGACACAAUUUACCAAGGUCAACACUGUAAAAACCGAGACACAAACCAUCGGCUCAUCUCGGAAACUGAGGAGGCGACUGCCGGCACCUCCAGUACAUGAUAAAGAAGCAUAAAGAGGAUUGUAGGAGACGUCGGCAAGCUUCAUCGCAAACUUAAAGGGUUAGUUCGCCCAAAAAUGAAAAUAAUGUCAUUUAUUAUUCACCCUCAUGUCGUUCCACACCCUUAAGACCUUCAUUCAUCU